GGUGGAAACCCACUGAAAAAGGGUCUUCCGUUGACUUAACGGUAACAUCAUUUUCAGAAAGACCAAGCAAAACCCUCCAAUCUUCGAUCUUCGCACAGGAAAACGGUAAAUUUCUGCAGCCAAAUCAAUGUCGUCGUCGAUAUUUACGACGCUUUCCAAUCGAAACGAAUAAAUUUAUUUACAGGAAUAUAGCUCAUCAGAUGGGAUGUGUGGUAGUAAAUAUUAUCAAAAGCUGUUGUGGGUUUGGAGGGUUGUUUGAGAUUAUGCAGCUCUCUUUCUUUUUGAAUCUUGUAGUGAGAAAAGUAUUUGGUGAUAUAAUAUAGAAGAAGUUGAGAAGAUCGUUGUUGUUAUCAAUAUUCAAUAUCAUGGGUUGUUUUUGUUCAACUCCUCCAAAGAGCUACAGAAAGUUACCUUCUUUUGAUCCUGUUGCACUUGCUGCCGAAACCCCUUUUACUGAGAAUGAGGUGGAGGCUCUAUACGAGCUAUUCUCGAAACUAAGCAGUUCUGUUGAUGAUGAUGGGGUUAUAGGGAAGGAUGAAUUCCACCUAGCAUUAUUCAGGGAUUAUGAUAAACGAAAUCUGUUUGCAGAUCGGAUAUUUGAUCUUUUUGACGUGAAUAGGAGUGGGCAUAUUGACUUCAGCGAGUUUGUCCGUUCGUUGGGUGUAUUUCAUCCAAAAGCUCCUCAAGCAGACAAAAUUUUGUAUGCAUUCAGAUUAUAUGAUCUAAGACGCACUGGCUUCAUUGAACGCGAGGAGUUGAAAGAGAUGGUAUCGGCCCUUCUUAAUGAAUCUGAUCUUGAUCUAUCAGAUGAUAUAAUCGAAUCGAUGGUAGAUAAGACAUUUACAGAAGCAGAUACGAAAGGUGAUGGUCGGAUUGAUCAAGAGGAAUGGAAAGAAUAUGUAGACAAGAACCCUUCAUUGUUGAAGAACAUGACUCUUCCUCAUUUAAUGGACAUAACCUUGAGGUUUCCAAGCUUUGUGAUGACCAGCCAGGUAGAGGAGUCCCACACAACAGACUAAGACAACAUGAUGAGGUAAAAAUUGUACAUAAGAAUGAAAGAGAUAUCUUUUUUCAAGAUUUAGUUUAGCACCAGGUAGAGGCCUCCUUUUAUUGCUUCCGGUUUACAUAAAAACAUGGUUUAGGAAUGAUUAUUUAUGAUGAUGGGUAAAAGACUUAUUUAUAUUGCUUUACCGAUAUAUGUAGUAAACUUUGUUUCUUACCAAUGAACCAAUGGGUAAAAGACCAAAGAUAUCCAACAAUGCAAAAAAGCAAACCCGAAGAGAUAUCAAAUAUUUGGGCUCAUAAACAGACAUUUACAUGGUUCUACAAUCAGGGUGAUUGUGUACCUUCACAGAGUAAGACAUACAUACGCCAUGUAUUUAUUAUUAUUGAUCAAUAAUAAUUAAACGGAGGUUACAAGAUCAUUUAUAAAUGAACAACCGGCAAUCUAGAACUUUGGCAGGGCUAAAGUGACCACAAGGACAAGGGCUGACUUAAUUUAAUGUCCAUCAUUGUCAUUGUGUUGAAUAGGGAAGCUUGUGGAAGUUCAACAAAACAUUUGUAAUUCCAAAAGUCCGCCCGCCUUAGACGAGUGCCCACAACACAACAUCAAACAUGUAAUGGAGGCCGAUCGUCUCCAAAGAUUACAAGGGUCAUGAAAUGUUGAUGGUAACAUUUCAUAUCACAUAUUACAACAAUCCACCUUGAUAGUAAUGCAUCUACAACCCAAAAUUUAAAAAAAAAAAAAAAAAAAAAAAAAAAAAAAAAAAAAAAAAAAAACACUCCUAAUGGAAUAAACACAUUCCCAACGCAAUAGCAUAAAUGUUACCUUGAGCUUCGACAUUGGAUAACAUUUGCACUAUGUGCCAAAAUCGUCGGACCAAACAAAGGACAUACCUUAAGAACCUAAAUCAAUCUCCAGUGAAGCCCAAUAUAUACAACGAACCAUCCCUCCCUCGGAUAUCUUCCACCAAAAUGUCUUUCAAUCCUUUUUAUAUAUAUAUAUAUACAAUGUGCUUCAUUAAAACUCGAUGAUCUUCAAGCUAUAUUGCAAAAUCAUCCCAAGUUAUCUUUCUCAGUAAUGUAGCAUCCUAACCUUAGACCUCCUUAUAUAUGUCAUAAAGAUAUGUUAAUCCUCUAGUAAGUGCACCAUGCUAAUGGUGUACUUGUCAUACAUGAACUAAAUAUGAGUGUUUUGUUGAAGACUCUUUCCAUGUAUGUAUUUCACUUCUAGACAUUUGGCCCCUCAUAUGCUAUUAUUAUGUCUUGGAUUGAUGCUUGCUUGUAGGACCAUUAGGCUUGGGUAAAGGUUGAUGUAACAAUUGGAAAAAUGUUAUUUUCUAGCCUCUUGCGCGACCACAAUAAAUAGAGUCAUUAUUUCAUUUAGGCUCAGUAUGUGUUGUCCAAACAGCCACAAGGGGCUGCUUUGUGCGACCUGUGUAGGCCUUUGUCGACUCAAAAUGAGAAUUGAUAUCAAGUUGCUAACAAUGGCAUACUCUUUUUUUUCUAUACACUUUUCGUUUUAGAGGUGAAAGGAGGGUUUAAUAUGUGAUUUUAGGUAAAAGCACCAAAUUUGAGAGUUUCUAAUCCCUUGUAGUAAGUCUUGAUCAUCCGAUAAACUUCAAUCAAAUCUUCAGAGCUUCUAAUCCCUUGUAUCAAGUCUUGAUCAUUUCUUAACUUCAAUCAAAGGUGAGUAAUCAUGUGUUCUCGAUUCUUUAAUUUGGGAAUGAACUAGGGUUUUGUGUCGUUGUUGGAGAAUGUUUAAAUUGAUGAUUGUUAGACUUAUAUAUGAUAUACACAUAUGUUUAUAUUAUUUAAUAACACUACUUUAAUCAUUUACAUAUACUAGUGAACUCCAUCCAUGAAAAAUCCAUAUUGUAUAUUAGUGUUAUUGGUUGAUGGAAUUGGUGGUUGAAACAAAUGAUAUUCACUCGAACCUAGUAUUGAGCUAGAAGUAUCAAACUAAAUCUUGUAUUGGAUGGGAAAAAAGAUUAUGUUGGAUUUUUUUUUGGAUAAGAUUGUGAAUGAGAUUUAUGUAAUGGAAAUUUCACUAGGUUAAUGUUAAGUUAUUAAGAUUAUAAACUGAAAUACCCAAUACAAACACGAACCCAAUAGUUAAUUACAAAUCAUAUAUCUGACUUAACUGACUGGACGAAACUAAAUUUAUGAUAUAAUUUCAUAAUUAUUAGAUAGAAGAUUAUGAUCAUCAAUACCCAUCCAUAGUCCCAUUGCAUCAAUACCCCUCUCAUUUGUCCCAUUGAUAUCCAUCUAAAUGGACCAUAUCAUUUUGAUUGUUUGUCAUAUUUUAGAAAAGAAAUCAUAACAAAGAGUGAUUGGUCUAGUAGUUGUAUCAAAAGAUGUUAUUCCAUUAAAACGUUGAUGAUUUUAGAAAUAGAAUUUAAAAAGUGUUUGAUAGGUGUUCUAGAAAAAAAAAAUCAUAAUUUUUAUAUUUCUUUAUUAAAAGGUCCAUGAAGCUUCCUAUAUUAUAUGAUCGUAAAGUAGAGGAAGUUUCCGAGGAGCAAAAGUAAUAUUAUAAUUUGAGUUGGACUUUCGGUGAGGAAUAUGCUUUUGCUUCAUGAGACUUCAUCAUUUUACCGCCUUCUACUUUACAUAAAUAUACUUUUCGGUCUUUAUAUUAUUAAAACGUUUAUAAGUAGAAUUUCAUGCCACUUUGCUCUUUUAGAAAAUAAAUUUUGUCAAAAAUGACGAAAUGACACACUUAAGUGCCAAUAAAUGAUUAAAAAAAAUGAGUUUUUCAAAAAUGACCAACGAGUAUGCAGAGCGUCAUCUACGGACUCAUGCCAACAGUCGAAUAUAGGGACUUUUUUGUAAUUUGUGUGAGUCUGAAGUACGGAACCUUAGUCUAUAUUACCUUCUUUGCGGACUUAUAGUACCUUCUUUGCGGACUGAUAGUACCUUUGCGAACUUAAAUGUAUAAAUUUCGAUAAUUCAUUUUUUUUCUCUGGCAUGUAGAUUUUUGUUUGGAAUUUUAGUUGUAAUUUUUUAUUUAUAGAUAGGAUAAAGAAAUCUGCAUUCCAAAGGCAAAAAAAUAUGAAUUACUGAAAUUUAUACUGAUAAGUUCGUAGAAGUACCAUUACUCUACAGAAAGGAUACUAUGGACUCACAAAAUUACGAAAAUGUCCAUAAUAUUUGACCGUUGGCAUGAGUUCGCAGAAGACCUUUUCGGACUCGUUGUCAUUUUUGGAAAGCUCAUUUUUUUGGUAUUUUUUUGCAUUUUGGUGUGUCAUUUGGUAUUUUUUUGUAAAUCUUUUUAUAAAACUACAUAUGAAACUAUGAAUUUCCUACAAAACUUAUUUUGAACUUAAAUAUUAUCAUUUUUACCGUAUAUUUCCUAUAAUUGGAUCAUCUUUAUAUCAUGAAUAAAGCAAAUAUAAGUUUAUUAUAGAAAAUAAAACCAAUGUACGUUUCAAUUAACUUGUAACACUCCAAAUCAGGUAAACCAUUUUAAUCCCUUUAAAUAAUUCAGUUGGCAAAAAUGGUCCCUUUUAGUACACCCGACGUACCUAAGGGUACGCUUAGCGUACCAUGGAGGAAGGACCGCGGAGGAGUUUCACGUAUGCGGGGCGUACGCAACAGAGGACCAAACCCUAAUUUCCGGACUUAAGACCUAUAUAAGCAUCCUUAUCUCAUUUGAGCCUCACCCUAACUAGCCUCCUUCACCCUCAAACGUCCCUGAAAACCCUAAAAUUAUUAGAGUGUGUGUUCUUGAGCUUGUGAGUGUUUAAACAUCAUCCUUUUGGUGUGUUAGCUACAAGGAAGAGGAGGAAACAAGCUUGAACGAAGAAGAGCUUCUGGAUCUUACAUUUUGAGCAGCCUAGGAAGCUUAAGGAGGUAAAAAGCUUUCACCUUGGUCAUUAUUUUCAUUUCUAGAGCUAAGGUUUUCUCUUUAGUCCCUUUUUGUGUUCUUGGACCACCUUUUGAGAGUUUGAGCAACUCCAUAGUUUAGGGAGGAUAGAUAUGAGGUCCUUUGGUCCAUUCCUAGCAUAAAAAUGGACUCUUGGAAAGGUCUUAAUGGGUUGUUGGGAGCAUAUGGAACAUGCAAAGGCAUAAAGUUGCCAACUUUAUGCCUUAGGACGUCUUAAUGAACUCAGAUCUAAAGAUUGGACGUUAGAACAUCAAGUAUUAAGCACUUAAUGGAAAAAGUGCUUAAUUUGUUUGUACGUUGGGCGUAGCAUAGUGUACACAGCGCGUACAGCUCAUGGACUCAGUACGCUAAGCGUACAGAAGUGGUACGCAGGGCGUACACACUCAGAUGGACUUGGACUCGUUUUGGGCUUGAAAGCCCUUUGGGCCUUAAUCAGUCAUGGGCCUAGUCAUGUUUUGAGUUAGUGGGCCAACUUAUCUGUUUUGGGCCAUGAUUGCUAUGGUUGGGCUUUUAUUGAGGCAUGAGGCCCAUUAAUGAUUUUGGACAUGGACUUUGGGCUCAUUAACAAAGGAAGACUUUUGGGCCAUUAUGAAAAGACUUAGGGCUUGGGUUCUUUGAUUGGAUUAUGUUUCAGCCCUAACCUUGGGUUAAUUGUAUUAUUGUUCAGCACGGGUGUUCACGGAUUGUUAGGAGAGCAGAUUUCAGAUUCGGCAGAUAGAAGUACUUCUGAGCCUAAGGGAAAGGGCAAGGCUUGAAGGCGCGGCAUGCACUCUCCAACAUUUGUUUUGAUGGGACACUCUGAUAGUUGAAAUAAAAUGUUGAUGUUAUGGAUUUGAAAAUAAUUGUCAUUGAUAUUUCACAUUUUAUGGGAAUGUUUGGUUAAUUAAAAAUGAAAAUUUUAUUUGAAAAUUUGGGUCGUUACAUAACUAGUAGUGUAAAAGUUAAUAUCUAUUAAACUUUAAAAGAUCAAGGUUG